AUGGGAAAGUGGACGCGCGUGGUGGCGCUGGCGGCCGCGUCGCUGCUGGCGUCGACGACCUCCGCCGACGUGGAGACGCACGAGUACACACCCGGCGAGGAGGUCGUGGUGUGGGUGAACAAGAUCGGCCCGUUCAACAACCCGCAGGAGACGUACACGUACAACACGCUGCCCUUCUGCCGCGCGCCGGGCGCCGAGCAGCCCGAGGCCCACGCGCUGGGCAUCGGCGAGAUCCUGGAGGGCAACGAGCUGUUCAACUCGGGCCAGCGGCUCCAGUUCGGCGUGGACACGCCCAAGACGAAGCUCUGCGAGCAGACGCUCUCGGACGCCGACGCGCUGCAGUUCGGCGCCGCCGUGGACGAGCACUACUGGUACCAGAUGAGCGUGGACGACCUGCCCGUGUGGGGCCUCGUGGGCAAGGUAAUGAAGCCCACGGACGACGUCGAGUACCUCAAACUCUUCCCCGUGGGCACGCGCGUGCUCUACACGCACAAAAAGUACUCGAUCUCGUACAACGGGCCGCACAUCAUCCACGUGAACCUCACGUACUCGGACGUGCUGACGUCCAUCGCGUCCAACAAGAAGCUCGAGUUCACGUACGAGGUGGUCUGGUCCAAGACGGACAUCGCGUUCGAGGACCGCUUCGACCGCUACCUCGAGGACGAGUUCUUCGAGCACCAGAUCCACUGGUUCUCCAUCUUCAACUCGUUCAUGAUGGUCAUCUUCCUCUGCGGCCUCGUGGCGCUAAUUCUGCUGCGCACGCUCAAGAACGACUACGCGCGCUUCGCCGAGGACGACGCCGAGGAGCUCAUGAUGGACGGCAAGUCGUCGCUGCUCAAGGACGACGCCAACUCGGGAUGGAAGCUGCUGCACGGAGACGUCUUCCGCGCGCCGCCCUACCUGCUGCUGUUCACGGCGCUCGUGGGCACGGGCGCGCAGCUGCUGGUGCUGGCGGUGUGUCUGAUGCUCAUCGCCAUCGGAUCGUCGCUCUACAUUGAGCCUGGUGGCAUCGUCUCGGUGGGACUCACGGUCUACGCGUUCUCGUCGCUGGCCAACGGAUACGCGAGCGGCGCCUUCUAUCACCAGUUCUUCUACCCGCGCGUCUCGAAGGACUGGAUCCGCGCCAUGUGCCUAUCGUCGGCGCUGCUCCCCACGGUCACGUUCGUGUUGGUGUUCUUCAUCAACGCGCUGGCCGUGUUCUACGGCACGACCUACGCCAUCCCGUUCGUGACGAUCGUGCAAGUGGUGCUUGUGUGGUUCUUCGUGUCGUGCCCGCUAGCCGUCCUGGGCACGAUCUUGGGCCGCCACGGAGCCGCUAAGGCAGGAUUCCCGUGCCGUGUGAACAAGUUCCCCCGCGAGGUUCCCGAGGCGCGCUGGUAUCUGCGCCCGCCGGUGCUGAUCGCGCUCACAGGUGUGCUGCCGUUCGGUUCGAUCUUCAUCGAGAUGUACUUCAUCUUCGCGUCGUUCUGGAACUACAAGUUCUACUACGUGUACGGCUUCAUGCUGCUGGUGUUCAUCAUCCUGACGAUCGUGACGCUAUGCGUGACCAUCGUGUGCACGUACUUCCUGCUGAACGCGGAGAACUACCGGUGGCAUUGGACGUCUUUCGCUGCCGCAGGGAGCACCGCGCUUUACGUCUUCAUCUACGCCAUCUAUUUCUAUUUCUUCAAGACGAACAUGUCGGGCUUCCUCCAGACGUGCUUCUACUUCGGCUACAUGGGACUGUUUUGCUUCGCGUUCUUCAUCAUGUGUGGCACUGUCGGGUACCUCGGCAGCAGUGUGUUUACAAAGCGCAUCUAUCGCAACAUCAAGUGUGAGUGA